CAGCAUCGUAACUACAUUGGAGUUUAUAUUAUUUCAUCGGUAAUCGCGGUUAUUGCGGCUAUUUGGGUUAUGUUGUUAUUAUAUGACGCUGUUGACGAUGAGGUUGAAACAGUUGAAUCUCACCUAAAGGGUGAUGCUUCAAGUUCUGAUAAUAAUGGAACCAAAAAGAAAACAGUGAAACAAAUAAUCUAUGAUAUAAUAAAACCAGAUAAUUUCCUUCAUUCAAGUCGCACAGUUUUCAAAAGAAGACCAAAUAAUGCUCAUUGGUACUUAAUAUCAACAAUACUGGUUGGAAUCAUUGCGAACAUUGGUUACUCCGGUGAUCAGCAUAUUGGAUACCAGUUUAGCCAAAAAGUAUAUCAUUUCAGUGCUGAGCAAAUUGGAUAUUAUGGAUCCAUUGUCGUUAUUUUCCCUACUUUAGGUACACUUAUUGGUCCUCCUCUAUUCAUUAAUGUAAUGAAUCUUCAUGAUACUUCAUUGGCCAUAAUUGGUAUUGUCUCAAUAAUGACAGCUUAUCUCACCAAAGGUUUUAUUCUGAGUCCAAUAGCCUACUUCUUCACCAUAUUUGGUUCGUUCGCUGCGGUCAUUUCUCUUGCUGAUCGAUCAAUUAUUUCUCGAAUGAUUCACAAAGACGAGAUCGGUCAAGUUUAUGCAUUUUCAUCAGCUAUCGGAGGAUUUUCUCCAACAAUUGCAUCAGUGUUUUACAGCAAAGUAUUUACAGCAACAUUGGAUUACAAUCCUGGUCUUGUGUACAUAAUUGCUGGUUUAUUAUUCACCAUUCCUUUAGCUAAUGCUAUCCUGCUCAACAUAAAAAAGCAGAAAUGGGAUUUAGUUUUGAUUGCUGAAAAGGAAACUCAAGAAAACCAAGUUGAACUUCCAAUUCAUAAUAAAUAACAAACUUAAUUCACUUUACGAGACUUGCUUUUUUCCACAUAAUUCAU